CAACGUUCAUCAUUUGACAAUCUAAAAACAAGAACCCUUAGCUCAACGAUUAACUACAAUCCAUUUUUUUCUCUCUAAAAAAAAUGUUCAACUUACAAAACAUUUCAAUCUCAAAACAUCUUCCAUCAACAAGAACUACAUUAAUCUUAACAUGUUUUGUCUUAAUUUCAUCUCUUGUUUUCUUAAUUAAUUACCCAUCAACCACUAACACGUUAUUAUCAACUGCAUCAACGUUGACUUCUCAAUUCUUCUCUUUCUCCAACACCAACUCUUUUGUUGCUAAGGUUGAUCCACCUUCAAUUAAGAAACAUACGACUUGUGACAUCUUUGAUGGAAGAUGGGUGUACGAUGAUUCGUACCCGGUUUACGAUCCUUGGUCUUGCCCGUAUGUCGAACGCGAAUUCAGUUGCUUCAAUAAUGGCCGCCGUGAUCUUGGUUAUUUGAAGUAUAGGUGGCAGCCGAAUGGGUGUGACAUUCCAAGAUUUGAUGCAAAGAAGAUGAUGGAGAUGUUAAGAGGGAAGAGAUUAGUGUUUGUGGGAGAUUCACUAAACAGGAAUAUGUGCCAAUCUUUGAUUUGUCAUUUGAGGAUGUUUAAAGGACAAACCUAUAGAUCUGGCUUAUUUUAUAACUAUUAUUUCAAGGAUUAUAAUUGCAGCAUAUCCCUCAUCACAGCACCCUUCCUAGUCCAACAACAUAGACUCCCAAAUAAGAAAGAAACGUUGAGGUUGGACACUAUGGAAGCUACAAUCUCAAAGUACAGGGACGCCGAUUUUCUCAUCUUCAACACUGGUCAUUGGUGGAAUCAUAACAAGUCCAGAAACGGGGAAAAUUUCUUCCAAGAGGGUGAUGUUGUACAUAACAAAAUGGACGUGGGAGUAGCAUUCACCAAAGCAUUAAAAACAUGGGCUAAUUGGGUUGACACAAAUGUUAACACCACCAAAACCCAAGUCUUUUUUAGAGGCUUUGCUCAUAUGCAUUUCAUGGGAGGAGAAUGGGAUACAGAUGGGACUUGUCAUAACGAAACCAGCCCGGUAACAGAUGAGAGUUUGUUAAAACCAUAUCCAUUGUUGAUGCAGACUCUUGAAACAGUCCUUUCACAGAUGAAGACACCAGUGUUUUAUCUCAACAUUACCAAAUCAACUGCUUAUAGAAAAGAUGCACAUCCGUCUAUCUACCGACGUCCCGGGAGCAAGUUGAGGCGAGGAGCGAUCCAAGAUUGUAGCCAUUGGUGCCUUCCUGGAGUUCCAGACUCUUGGAACCAACUUUUGUAUGCCUCUUUGUUCUCUUCACAAGGGUACAACAGAACAACUUACUAGUUUUUGUACCAUUUUUGCUUGUUUUUUUUUGGUCUUUUGUAUUGGUACAGUUUAAACACAUAUAACACGAGGAGAGUCUCCUAAUGUAACUUUCGAGUGUCGAAAAAAUAUACACAAAUGAGAACGAUUACAGUAUGGUACAUUGACCUUAGAGUUCACGCGCGCUUUUUUUUGACACAGUAGUCAUGUCAUUAAUUGUACAUGGUACGUAGUAUUUCAUGUCAUCCACGCAUCGUAUGCAA